GCUCCCGGAGUGUCAGUCCAUAGGUGGGGGCAGCUUCUCCGAGACAGUGGCUGAUGACAUCCUCAACCAGGAGAUGGAUGUCAAAUUCAUCAGAAAGACCCAGCAGGACUCCACUGGCCUCCAGGGACUUUAUCACGAAGCCCAGAACACGAAGACAUCGAACCACCGAAGCAUCGUCACAUCCCUUCAGGUGAUGAACACCAGUGAGACCUUACUUCUGUUUACAGAGUGUGUCACGAGAGACCACCUGGAGGACGCCUGCCCACCCUGGGGCCGUGUGGCUGAGGACGUUCCCGACAAAUUCUGUCAGCUGAUAGACAUAUUGGAGUGCUGCCACCAACAAAGUGUCUUCCCCAGGGACCUGGAGCUACAGCAGCUGCUCUUUGACCAGGACCUCAAGGUAGCACGCAAAGGCUUUGGCCUGAGCAUCCAGUUUGCGGGCUACAAACUCCACAUAUUCUGGGAGAGCCCCAAUCCUGCUGCCCCGCGACUCUUCCUGCCUCAGGAAGACCCAUUUCCUCUCACAGAUGUGUGGAGCCUUGGCUCCAGCACUUUCUCCCUGGGGUCCUUUAAGACCGCCGAAGAGACUAGCAUCAAAAGCGACAACACCAUCAAAAUCAAUUAUUAG